AUGCAGGUGACUCUGCGGUCCGCAGCCGCUCUGGCUUUCUUUGUCCUUUCUUUUUGCGAUAUGGACAACUGGUGUAUUGAGACUCGGGCAAUGACAGCAGCUGUUGUCUCUUCUGAUACUGUUUCCGCUACCGACUCAAUCUACGCUGCGUCGCCAGUCCAUAGCUCAGGCGUAGCGGUCGAAGCGAAACACCAGGGAACACGUGCAGCUGAUCCUUUGGUGACGUCGAAGAGCAGCCCACUAACGAAGAAAGCGGAGGCAUUACGUCGUAGAAGAAUAACGACUGCGGCAUCGGUGGGGGCUGUGCUAACAGCGGUCCUAGGGCUACUGGUGGCUGUUGCCAAGUUGCAGCAGUGCCGGCGAAAGUUGGUGACAGAUACCAAUGGAACCACUGAAGGACACACAGGACGCAGACUCGCAGAUGGCGGUGAUGACGAGGACGACUGCGUGGAGGAAGUAUGCAUUCUCGGCGACGAGGUUUCUCCACGAAGUCAGAAAGCUGCCCGGACAAUUCAUCCGGUGGUUUGCGCUAUCUUGCGGACUUUCUACUGUGAUUCACGAGUCUCCCCAGCGUUGCAUCUACCUGUGCUACUCAGUAGGGAUACGUGUGGUAGAGUGACGCUUUAG